CAAAGGAGGAGAAUUGCUAUUUUGCGGCAUCCCCUUUCUCUCCUCCUGGCUCAUGACGCUUACGCAAGCAACUCUCCGGUUUCGAUCACUCUACCUUACUUCAGCGCACUAUGGAAGAGAGCUAAGCGAUCCUAAACCUGCAUUUUGUUCGACUCCAAGCAGGAAGAUUUGACGUUGAAAGAGGAGCUCCAUGAUUUCUCUGAUGCAUGCUCUGGUUCCGUCGAUGGCGCUGUGGAUCCUCCUAGGCCAAUGGAUGGGUUGCAUGAUGUCAGUCCGCCGCCGUUCCUGACGAAGACCUAUGAAAUAGUUGAUGAUGCCAGCACCGACCAGAUCGUGUCAUGGGGCCCUGCCAACAACAGUUUUGUUGUCUGGAAUCCUCAAGCUUUCGCAAUGACUCUUCUUCCAAAAUAUUUCAAGCACAACAACUUCUCCAGCUUUGUGCGGCAGCUAAAUACCUAUGGCUUCAGGAAGGUGGAUCCUGAUAGGUGGGAGUUCGCAAACGAGGGCUUUCUGAGAGGCCAGAAGCAUCUUCUCAAGACCAUAAAGAGAAGAAAACCAGCUUCUCAUCUUCCUUCACAGCAGCCUCUCGGUUCAUUCCUCGAAGUCGGAGAAUUCGGACUCGAAGGCGAAAUCGACAGGCUGAAGCGCGACAAGCAGCUACUGCUAACGGAGCUGGUGAAGCUGCGGCAGGAGCAGCAGAACACGAGGUCCCGUCUCAGAGCCAUGGAGGAGAAGCUGCACCAGACUGAGCAGAAGCAGCAACAGAUGAUGGAAUUCUUGGCCCGGUUGAUUCGGAACCCCAGAUUCUUACACCAGCUGGUCGAGCAAAAGGAGCGUUUUAAGGAGCUCGAAGAGGAGAUAUCAAAGAAAAGGCGACGUCCGAUCGACAGAGCUCCAGAGAAUGAUGCCGGAACUAGUAUUACGGUCAAAGCUGAAAACGACGAUCCACAGGACUUCCAUGUGGAGGAACAAGCAUUGGGUUUGGGCGACUUGGCCCUGGAGAUGCAGGGACUGGUGAGUGAGGACGAUUACCAAGAACAAGUGAAGCUGUCGGAACUCGAGUUAGAGGGGGAUUUGAAUGUGGAAUUUUGGGAGGAUCUGUUGAACGAUAGGAUCGAUGGCCGCAACGAGGAUGAUGUGAAUACUUUGGUGGACAAAUUAGGUAAAAUUUCUUAGUUCAGCCAGUCCCUGACAGGAUUUCAUCA